AUGUUUAACUACGAACGUCCAAAGCACUUCAUCCAGUCCCAAAACCCAUGUGGCUCCAGACUGCAGCCUCCUGGACCGGAAACUUCCAGCUUCUGUAGCCAGACCAAACAGUCUUCCAUUCUCAUUCAGCCUCGCCAGUGCACAGAGCAAAGAUUUUCUGCCUCCUCAACAGUGAGCUCUCACAUCACCAUGUCUUCCUCUGCCUUCCCUGCUUCUCCGCAGCAGCUUGCUGGCUCCAACCCAAGCCAAAGGGCUACAACCACCCAUAACCAGUCCCCAGCCAGCUUUCUCAGCUCCAUAUUACCAUCACAGCCUGAUUACAGUACCAGUAAAAUCCCUUCCACUGUGGACUCCAACUAUCAACAACCCUCAGUUGGCCAACCUGUAAAUGUUAAGCUAUCCCAAACUGCAAAUGCUAGGCCUAUACCAAGGACUCCUGACCAUGAAAUACAAGGAUCAAAAGAAGCACUGAUUCAAGAUUUGGAGAGAAAGCUGAAAUGCAAGGAUACCCUUCUUCAUAAUGGAAAUCAAAGGCUAACAUAUGAAGAGAAGAUGGCUCGAAGAUUGCUAGGCCCACAGAAUGCAGCUGCUGUGUUUCAAGUUCAAAAUGACAGUGAUGUGCAAGAUUCACCACAGCAGCACAAUUCGGAACAUGCACGACUUCAAGUUCCUACAUCACAAGUAAGAAGUCGAUCAUCCUCGCGGGGAGACGUGAACGAUCAGGAUGCAAUCCAAGAGAAAUUUUACCCACCACGUUUCAUUCAAGUGCCUGAAAACAUGUCAAUUGAUGAAGGAAGAUUCUGCAGAAUGGACUUCAAAGUAAGCGGACUGCCAGCUCCUGAUGUGUCAUGGUAUCUAAAUGGAAGGCCAGUUCAAUCAGAUGAUUUGCAUAAAAUGAUAGUGUCUGAAAAGGGUUUUCAUUCACUCAUCUUUGAAGUAGUCAGAGCUUCUGAUGCAGGGGCUUAUGUGUGUGUUGCCAAGAAUAGAGCAGGAGAAGCCACCUUUACUGUGCAGCUGGACGUCCUUG